UCCCUCCCAGGUGAGUGACUAAACUUUCCGGGUCACGUGAGCGGGCGGGGCUGGAGUCCGACUGAGCGACCGACCCACCGACCGACCGACGCUCCGAGGGUUCGAGCGAGGGACCCGGCCCGCGAACCUGAGCGAGGUCGAAGGCCUCCGGGUGAGCCCCCAGGUGCCUGGUUGCAGGUACCCCCCUCGCCCGAGAUGCGGUAGGAACGCAGCACUCGAGAAGCCCGGGCCCUGGUGCCACCAGCCCGUCGCCUGUUCCCAAUGGCGAGCCCGGGGCUGGGGCCGCUGCUAGCACUGGGCCUGCCACUGCUGCCGGUCCGCUGGGGCCGGGCCUGGGGGCAAACACCAGACCCCACUGUAAAUGGCAACCACACCAUUACGACCCCUGGCCCUGGCUCCUACUCCAGUGGGGCCCUGUCUCAAGAGGCCAUCACCGCUAUCAUUGUGGUCUUCUCCCUCCUGGCAGCCCUGCUCCUGGCUGUGGGGCUGGCCCUGCUGGUGCGGAAGCUGCGGGAGAAACGGCAGACAGAGGGCACCUACCGGCCCAGCAGUGAGGAGCAGUUCUCCCACGCAGCUGAGGCCCGGGCCCCCCAGGACCCAAAGGAGACGGUGCGGGGCUGCCUGCCCAUCUAGGUCCCCUUCCUCUCUCCAUCUCCUGUCAUUGCUGUGUGACCUUGGGGGAAGGUGGAGCCCUCUCUGGGCAAUCAAACCCACACAGUGCUUACAAAUAUAAGGGAAGAUGGUGCUUUAAGAACUCUGUCCCUGAGGCAAGGAAGGUGGGGCUGCUCACUUUAUAUGUGUGUAUAUAUAUACAGAUAUAUACACACACAGCACACAUAUAAAGUUGGUGGUGAGAUAUAAAAAAACCUUAUUUGGAGCUGGGGGGGAGCAGGAAUUGGCUUGGAUGGAGGAUAUAAGUCAGGGCUCAUAGGCUAUUGAGAGAUGAAUUGUAAGGUUGCAAGGAUCCUAGGGGCUGGGAGGGCUUCCAGGAAGGAAGGAGUUUUUAGCGGCACUUAGAAGCCAGGAGGAAGGUACUGGAAGGGAUGGGUUUCUGAGCAGAGAGAGGGCCUCCAGAUAAACUCACGGGGAAAACCAACUGUGGGCUUUUGUGGCUUUAUUGAGGGACUGGGGUCUCAUCCAGAUCCCCAAUACUUAACCUUCAAAACACUUCUUAAGCUCAGCAACUCCAGGCCGGCUCCUGACCUGGGGUUCCUGCCCAG